UGGCUGCACUAAUUCGCCGUCUUCAAACUUGGUUCAAACUGAAGGCCGUCCCCCAGCUUCUUCCUCCAGAAUCUCAUAAUUGUUCAACUCCUCUUCCAGUUUUCUUUGUCCCUUCAAGUCUUCUCUUUUCCUACUCAAUUUAUGUGCUUGGUUGUAUAGUUAUAAGGGUGAUACUCACACCGGAAUUCCUUACUGGCAAAACCCAACUUGAACUCCGCAAAGCAGCCGGCGAGCUCAAAGUUUCUCCUUCGUCCCUCGGCACUCUGUAAGCUAGAUCAAUGGACGACUCAAUGAAACAAUUGCAAGAAAAGCUUAUUGAGGUUGAAAUAGAAGCUGAAAAACUUUUAUUAGCUCGGCAACAGUUAAUUGAAAAUGAUAGAGUGAGGAAUGGGAACAGGGAAGCAUUAACUGCACUAAGGAGGAGGGCCAAGACGACAAAAACUAGCGUUCCUACACCGUUUGAGUCUCUUAUGAGGGAUGUUGAAUCAAGACCACUAGUGAAAGAGGUUUGUCCAACCUGUGGUAAUCAUGAUUCAAAGGAGAAGACUUGGGUCAUGUUCCCGGGAGCUGAUGUAUUUGCCAAUAUCCCUUUUCAUGCUGCUCAUACCAUUUUGGAGAAAG